AUGCAAGACGUCUCUCGAGUCUUUUUUCUUCAUGAUUCUCUGAGUCUCAAGGCACCUCCCGAGUGUCUUCUGGUACCUCUUCCACCUUCUGCAGUGGAUGAUUUUGUGACACCAGAGACACCUCCCAUCGAGUGUCGCCUUCAUGAUUCUCUGAGUCUCAAGACACCUCCCGAGUGUCUUCUGGUACCUCUUCCACCUUCUGCAGUGGAUGAUUUUGUGACACCAGAGACACCUCCCAUCGAGUGUCGCCAGGGACCUUUACCAUCUUCUAGAGUUGAUGAUUUUAGUAGACAGAAGACACCUCCCAACUCUUUUUUCGUACCUCUUCCACCUUCUCCAGAAACUGCCCGAGUGUCGCCGGGGACCUAUAUCAUUUCAUAG